UUUGACACAAAGUUGGUGUUUUGUGGUGGUGUGGUGAAAAAUAAUUCGAUCGAAUACGAAUUACGUAAGGAAAAUUUAUAACUUGAAACAAGAAGCAAUGUCUUUCUUUUUGAAACGCACCGCAGGUGCAGCAGCUACUUUUGGACGCACUGUACUCAAUAACUCGAAACCUGCACUUGUUCAACGCGUAGCCACUAAAACAGAUCAAGCGGCUCCGCAGGUGGAGACCAGGCCCACUGUAGCCAAAGUGGACCCACUCCAGAAGACUCAGUUGAUUGAUUUUGGCAAAUAUAUUGCAGAAUGUUUACCUAAGUUUGUACAAAAGGUACAAAUUACUGCAGGUAAUGAAUUGGAGGUGUUAGUCGCUCCCGAGGCGGUUUUACCAGUGUUGUCGUUCCUCAAAGAUCAUCACAGCGCGCAGUUUGUUAACCUCGUGGACAUUGCAGGCGUGGACGUGCCAACUAGGCCAAACCGCUUCGAAAUUGUUUACAAUUUGUUAUCCCUACGCUACAAUUCAAGAAUCAGAGUAAAGACCUAUACCGACGAACUGACGCCAGUCGAUUCCGCUUGCGACAUUUUUAAGGCUGCCAAUUGGUACGAAAGAGAAAUUUGGGACAUGUAUGGGGUGUUCUUUGCCAACCACCCUGAUUUGAGGAGGAUUUUGACUGACUAUGGCUUUGAGGGCCACCCAUUCAGGAAGGACUUCCCUCUAAGUGGCUAUGUGGAGGUCCGUUAUGAUGAUGAACAGAAGCGUGUGGUGGUGGAGCCCCUAGAGUUGGCUCAGGAGUUCAGACGAUUCGAGCUCAGUGCACCGUGGGAGCAGUUCCCUAAUUUCAGAGCCAAUCCCACUGCUGAAGAAGUUACCAACCCUGGCGAUGACAAACCACAGCAAUAAAUAAAUUAUUCUCAAUCAAUAGUGUACAGAAAAAUUGUUUAAAGAUUAAAUCAUUUAGAAAUAAAA